CCUCCCCCCCCCCCUUCUCUCUUUUGAUUCCUGAUCCUCUAGCACUACUUCGUUCAGCAUCAUCGACCAUGGCUGCUGCUGCGAUCAAAGAAACUGUCUCCAACCUCUUCCAUGGCCAGUCUGAGCCCGCGCUGCGGGAGCCCUCGGGCGAGGAACUCCAGCAACUGAAGCAGAAGUACACCGAUGCAAGACAAGGGCAGGUUUUUGCGUUUGUUGACGAGCUGAAGCCUGCCGAAAAGACCCAGCUCUACCACCAGUUGAGCAACUUCGACCCCACCCGCAUCAACGAAUUGGCCGAAAAGGCCCUGAACCCUCCCAAGGUCCAGGACGACCCCGUCACUCUAGAACCUCUCCCCGACGUGGCCACGGCGUCGAUCCUGGACUCGGACCCGAAGGACAUUCAGAAGUGGUACGAUGAAGGUCUGCAGUUGGUAGCAGGCAACAAGGUGGCAGUGGUGUUGAUGGCUGGUGGACAAGGCACCCGUCUGGGAAGCUCUGCCCCCAAGGGAUGCUUUGACAUCGGCCUCCCCAGUCACAAGUCCCUUUUCCAGAUUCAGGCGGAGCGGAUUGCUAAGCUCCAGCUCCUUGCUAAGAAGCUUUCCGGCAAGGAUGCCGUGAUCCCUUGGUAUGUCAUGACCAGCGGACCUACUCGUCAACCCACAGAGGAGUUUUUCCAGAAGCACAACUACUUCGGCCUCGACAAGAGCAACGUGGUUAUCUUUGAGCAGGGUGUCUUGCCCUGCAUCUCCAACGAGGGCAAAAUUCUGAUGGAGAGCAAGUCCAAGGCAGCUGUUGCGCCAGACGGCAACGGUGGUAUCUACCUGGCCCUGUUGACAUCCGGAGUGCGGGAGGAUAUGCGGAAGCGUGGAAUUGAGCACAUCCACACCUACUGCGUCGACAACUGCCUGGUCAAGGUUGCUGAUCCCGUCUUCAUCGGCUUUGCCGCCUCGAAGGAUGUCGAUAUUGCUACAAAGGUCGUUCGGAAGCGCAAUGCCACCGAGUCGGUGGGCCUGAUCCUUCAGAAGAACGGCAAGCCCGACGUCGUCGAAUACUCCGAGAUCGACAAGGAGACGGCCGAGGCCAAGGACCCUAAGCAGCCCGAUGUGCUGAAGUUCCGGGCGGCUAACAUUGUGAACCACUACUACUCCUUCCGUUUCUUCGAGUCCAUCGAGAGCUGGUCCCACAAGCUGCCCCACCACGUUGCCCGCAAGAAGAUCCCCUGUAUCAAGCCCGAGACCGGCGAGGCGUUUAAGCCCGAGAAGCCCAACGGCAUCAAGCUCGAGCAAUUCGUCUUUGACGUUUUCCCUAUGAUCCCUCUGGAGAAGUUUGCCUCUCUCGAGGUGCGUCGUGAGGACGAGUUCUCGCCUCUCAAGAACGCCCGGGGCACCGGAGAGGAUGACCCCGAUACUAGCAAGGCAGACAUCAUGAACCAGGGCCAGCGCUGGAUUGAGCAAACUGGCGGUGUUGUUGUCACCGAGGCUGAGGCUGUUGGUGUGGAGGUCUCUCCUUUGAUCAGCUACGGCGGAGAAGGACUGGAUUUCCUCAAGGGCCGUGAGCUCAAGGCCCCGGCUGUGAUUGAGAAGGAAGAGUGAAGGGGGAAAAGGAUGCAGACUAGCAUCUUGCUGGAGUUAGAAUAGCCUGUAUGAAAUCACUAAUAAUGCAUAUCUACACCACGCGACAGCCAUUAUGGGCAAGGUUGCAUUUAUCGGCCAA